AUGGCCCGUCAACUAUUUGUUAUAGUCCUCAUUUUUGUAGCCAUGAUUGGUAUGGUUAUGGCUCAAGUAGCCCCAUCUACAUCACCUGAAUCAUCACCGAAAGCAGCAGCACCAUCAUCAAAAGCACGAAAAGCAGUCGCAGCAGCACCAACAACAGCACCAGUAUCUUCUCCAAAAGCUUCACCUUUAGCUCCAUCAUUAGCACCUUCAACUUCUAACGAAGAACAAGAUAUUUCAGCUCCUCCAGCACAAGCCAGUGGCCCCAUUGAGCUGUUUGCUCCUGGACCCGCCCCUGUUAGUGAUGACUUUGCUUCCGGGGCCGGCCCAGCAGCUGACGAGGCUACCAGCGGUGCCUCGGCUAUUCAAUUCUCUGUUGCUGCUGCCACCGUCGCCGUUGUCAGCUUCUUUGCCUUCUAA